UUGACCAUGUGUACAUCAGCUAACAGUAGCUGCAAAAACGUGUAUUUGUCUCUUACCGACACUUACCGAGCAAGGUGGAGAAAAUGGAACCAGAUCUGAUUCAAAAUUCAGUUGCACACGAAACACAAGAUGAUUUAGGACCUAAUCUCAUACGAAUGAAAAUAACCGACCAAAUAAAGGAAUUACAGACAGUGCUUCGCGACAAGAGCACAUCUAGGAGUGAUUUUAUAUUCCAUGCAGAUAGAUUGAUCCGUCUUGUUGUAGAAGAAGGUUUGAAUCAGCUGCCUUAUACGAAAUGUUCAGUUAUUACUCCCACAGGGUAUCCAUACGAUGGACUGAAGUAUGAACGAGGCAAUUGUGGAGUCAGUAUUAUGAGGAGUGAAGGAAAGCUGACUGUGACUCUACAGUGGGGCUCUUUUAUAAUUAUGAUCAUUUCAGGCACUGGUAACACUGUGAUUCAAGCCAUUAAUGUCCUCAGAGAGCACGAGGUGAAAGAACACAACAUUAUUAUUCUGAAUCUCUUUACUACACCUGCAGCUGUCAGAUCUGUACUCCAAACAUUUCCAGAAGUGAAACUGUUGACCUCCGAGGUCCACCCUGUGGCUCCAAAUCAUUUUGGGACCAAAUAUUUCGGAACAGACUGAGAAACACCCGUGAUUGGUUGACCACAUCGAGGCCAAGUAUUUUGUGAUGACGAGCAAGACGACAGCAAUUCAUGUUUUGGCCUGCAGAGCCAGUUUAAUGGACAACUUUUUCAGUUCUCUGAACACUAGCAGUUGGAACAUUUUUCCUUGCUUGAGGAUGUCGUGGUCCAAGGCCUACCUCAGAAUUAUGUCAAUAUGAAUGAUUGGGGGACAAUAAAGCUGAAAGCUACUGUCAGGAAAUUGUUGGUUUAGUCAAGUAGUAG